AUGUCUACACUAGCUGACGAGCUGCUCAAUGAUUUUGAGGACUCAGGUUCUGAAGGUGAGGGUGAGCAGCAGAACGGAUUCCUUCGAGAUGACGCGACACCGCCCGCAACCAACGGCCGAGCUCAAGCUCCUGAAGGGUCUAUGGUCUUAGAUGGAGACGAAGAAGAUGUGAGCGAGGAUGAAGAAACAGCUCUCGGAGGUGUAAGAGCGACUGGCGCCGCUGCAAACGUCGAAGAUGAGGAAGAAGCCAAGGCCAAGGUUGAGAAGAUGCAACUUGGGGGAGUGAAUGAUGUGCGAAGUGUUGCAGGUCUGAUGGAGACGCUGGAACCAGUAUUACAGGUAUGUGCUUGUCUCUUGGUCCUUCUUUUGCUCUACAAUAAGACCAAAGUUUACAUUUUCUGUGGACAUAGCCCUGACGUUUCCCGUCGCCUUCAGAAAAUCUCCCAUUACCAAAAUCGUCCACCUGGGCAGCAGACCACUUUUGUUGGUUCAAUCGAAGACAAUCCGGAGUAUCAUCUUCUCACACAGUCCAAUACGCUUUCCACGUCAAUUGACAAUGAGAUAAUCCUGGUGCACAAGUACAUCCGCGACCACUACUCAAUCCGCUUCCCUGAGCUGGAGACACUCGUUACAAACCCUCUCGACUACGCCAAGUCUGUUGCAAUCAUUAGCAACGGGCCCAUGGAUAACAUCAAAGAACUUGCGCAGAAGACCGAUAACAUCGUCAGCGCAUCGCUGAAGUCGAUCUUAGACGGACCUUCGCUCAUGGUUGUUACUGUCGAGGCUACCACGUCGAGAGGACGAAGAAUGACAGAGGCAGAGCUGCAAAGAGUUUUGAGAGCUUGCGAGAUGACCUUAUCCUUGGAUCGAGCGAAGAGAGUACUCACCGAAUACGUUCAAUCAAGGAUGAAUCUAUUCGCACCGAAUCUCACAGCGCUUAUCGGCUCCCUCACUGCAGCGCAGCUGCUCAACUUUGCUGGAGGUUUGACCGGCCUUGCGAAGACCCCGGCGUGCAAUCUACCUCCUCUUGGAUCGAAGAAGCAAUCACAGACCGGCUUUGCCACUAAUGUUGGUGUACGGCAGCAAGGCUUCCUCUAUCAUUCUCCCAUAAUCAAAGGCAUACCCAAUGACCUCAAGCGCCAGGCCAUGCGUAUAGUUGCUGCAAAAGUCGUCCUCGCAGCUCGCGUUGAUCGUGUUCACAAUAGCCCUGACGGCUCCAGCGGCGAACAGCUCAAAUCGGACUGUUUAGACCGCCUCGAAAAACUCACAGAACCUCCCCCUAAUAAAGGUCCUCGAGCUUUGCCUGCUCCAGAUGAUAAGCCAUCUAGAAAACGUGGUGGCCGACGUGCCCGCAAAGCCAAAGAAGCGACGGCAAUGACUGACCUUCGCAAAGCGCAGAACAGGAUGGCAUUUGGUAAGGAGGAGAAAGAAGUCGGUUAUGCAGAGACCACGAAAGGUCUCGGUAUGAUCGGCCAGGCGAAUGAGGGCCGCAUCCGCUCUCAGCAAAUCGAUCAGCGAACGAAAGCCAAGCUCAGCAAAAACAACAAGGGAUGGGGCACUGCAACGCCUCUUGGUUCAGGUACCGCAACCUCCCUUCGCGGAUUUGGACAGUCUGGUGGCAACACCUUCGCUCAGCAUGGCUUACGAACAGCUGGCGUUGGGGCUGGCACGAGCGGGACUGCGAGUAGCAUUGCUUUCACGCCUGUGCAAGGACUGGAGCUUGUGGAUCCUAAGAUGCAGGCUGAACGGAAAAGGAAGCUAGCUGAGGAGGAUGAUCGGUGGUUCAAGGGUGGUACUUUCACGCAGGUUGGGGGUGCUGCUGCAUCUAAUGCAAAUGGAGUUGUAACAGACAGUGGAGGGUUCAAAGUACCCGGGCUGCCAGUCAAAAAGAUGGCGAAAAGGGAAGGUUGA